UCUCACUCACUCACACACACACACACACACACAGGAUCUACAGAAUAAUGGAGUCACGUCACACAGCAGGUCUCAGUGUUUUCAGCAGACAUCGCACUGGAGCUCAUUUAACCUGGAGUUUUACAAAUUACUCUUAAGUUGUGCUCAAAGCCACAGCACAAGGAUUUCUUUCAUGUAGUGUUCUGCGUCAUGUAUUUUUACGUUGUCUGACUUUUUUUUUUUUUUCCGUCAUGUGUUUAUAUGAGGGGGAUUAACAGGCCCAGUAUGAGGUGUCCGAUAUAAAUCAACAGGUUAUGUUUUUUUUCUAGGUUUGGUGCAGGCAGCUUUCUGUUUACCUAUAUAUCGGGGAUGGGAGGAUCUUUUUGGGUUUUUGAAAAGGUUGUGACUUCAUUUUCUGGAGGCGGCCAUGGGCCAGUUCUCUGCUGCACAGAUGGCUCUUUUUGGAAGUGAAAGAACAGGAAACCUGCGGCUUCAUAUGAAGUGAACAGAUCAGGAUUUUGUCUGCAGGGUCUGCGACAUGGGCUGAGCUCCUGUGGACACUCUGUUCUCCUGAAAGCUGUUGAAUGAUCCGAGGAUGGACGACGGAGACGGAUAAGACAUACUUCAAAGAAUCGGACAGACUCGUAUAUCUCCACCUUUACGCGCGCGCGCAACGGAUCAGUGGAUCUGUGAAAUGAGAGAUGAUCUUUCCUAAUAACUGAUUUAAUCACAUUUCCCUUUAAAUGUAUUAGUUUAAAUGUUUGUGAAGAAAACAUGACCGCGCGCAUUAAUGUGUCACAGACGCGUGUGUGAAUUAUGUGAAAAUUUACCUUAGAAAAAGUUUGUUUUGGUCUUUUUGAUGCUAAAUUGAUUUGACCUAAAUAACCUGUCGAAUCUGGAUGUUGGACUUUUCUUCAUAUUUGUAUUUUUUUGUGAUGGAGCCUCGGCUUUAAAUGUUAAAUGACUUUACGCACACGGCUUGGCUUUGAGGCUUGGAGGUUUAUCUAAGUGACCGUCCACGCAGUCUCCUCACCGGACAAUGUGGCUACCCCGCCUCGCGCUGCUGCUGCUGCUCCGGUUCUCCGGUGUGCCGCAGGUGGACGGACUCAACACGUGUCAGUCCAUCAACCUGGACGCGCAGAAGUCCCGGCGCAUCGAGGCCGUGCGCGGCCAGAUCCUCAGCAAACUGCGCAUCCGCAGCCCGCCGGACGAUGACGACGACGACGACCCGGCGUCGAGCCCGGUGCCCCCGGAGGUCAUGCUGCUAUACAACAGCACGCGGGAGCUGCUGAAGGAGCGCGCGCGCCUCGCCGAGUCCGCGUGCGAGCGCGAGAGCAGCGAGGAAGACUACUACGCGAAAGAGGUGCAGAGGAUCGACAUGCUGCCCCCCCGCACCGACACAAAUGCAGUGCAGCCAGUAGCACCCAACCCCCACUACAGAGUCGUCCACUUCGAUGUCAGUGGAGUGGACUUGAACAACAGCACCCUGGUCAUCGCUGAGUUCAGGAUCUUCAGAGCUCCCAACCCGCAGGCCCGGGCCUCAGAGCAGAGAGUGGAGAUCUAUCAGCUGCUGAAGCCUGAUGAAGAGAGCACCUCCACUCAACGGUACAUUGACUCGCGCACUGUUCAGCCCAAGGCCAAGGGAUCCUGGAUCUCUGUGGACGUCACAGAAACCAUUAAGGACUGGUUGUCAGAUCCAGAGAACAAUCUUGGCCUGAAACUGGGCGUCCACUGUCCCUGCUGCACCUUUGUCCCGUCCACCAACAACAUCGUUCCUAACAAGAGUGAGGAGCUGGAGGCCCUGUUUGCAGGUGUGGACGACGAGCAUCUUCGUCAGAUGAGAAAACCAGGUCAGGUUAAAGGUCAGGCGGACUUCAGCAGCAAGACACCGCACCUCAUCCUCACCCUGCUGCCCAGUGACCGAGUCGACAACCCAGCCAAGAAGAACCGCAAGAAGAGGGCAGCUGCCACAGACACCUCAACCUGUACCCGCGGCUCAGACCAGGGCUGCUGCCUGCGCUCGCUCUACAUCGACUUCAGACGUGACCUCAACUGGAAGUGGAUCCAUGAGCCCAAAGGUUAUAAAGCUAACUUCUGUGCUGGCAACUGUCCUUACCUCUGGAGUGCCAACAACCACUACAACAUGAUCCUGCCCCUGUACAACAAGCUGAACCCUGAGGCCUCCGCCUCGCCCUGCUGUGUUCCUCAGGACCUGGAGCCUCUCACCAUCAUGUACUUCAUCGGCCGCACACCACGCGUAGAGCAACUCUCCAACAUGGUCGUCAAAUCCUGCAAGUGUCGUUGAGUUUGGGGGGGUUAAGCGACCUCAGAGGACGAGGUGGUUUGAGCAGAGAGGAGAGGACUAAAACUGCUUUGCUCAGGGGGGGAGGGAAUAAAAGACGAGGACAGACGGAUGGAUGUGUCCAUUAAUCUUCGCUGUUUGAUCGCCUUUAGCCUCUUUUUUUUUUUCUAGUUUUUUUUCUUUAACAUUACUUGACUCAAAUAUCAGGAUUUUUGCUUCCUUUCUUUUCAGGCAUGAACAACAUGUCACAUCAUUUUUCUUUGUUCUCUGGAACUUUCCAUCUGAGAGAUGAGACACUGUAAGUAUGACACAUAGCUGUAUUAAACCUGUACCUGGAUAUUAAAAA